CCAGGUGGAGAAGCUCCAUGAAGAGGCGCGGAGGUUGAGCAAUUGCCUGUCCAUGGGCAGCCAUGUGGAGUUGCUCAGCCUGGAGGACCAGCAGGAAGAGGUGGUGGUGCAGGGCUCCCUGCGCUUUUCCCUCUACUAUGACCAGCUGCAGUCCAGACUGGUGGUCACCCUUCUGGAAGCCUGGGGUCUGCCGGUGAGGGACUUAAGUCGCAGUGUGGACCCCUUUGUGAGGGUCCGGCUGCUAUGGGCCGGACAGGAGAAGGAGAAAGAGGAGCAGUCCUCUCCUUCGCUGCAGUGUGUGCUCCAUGAGUGGCAGUUCCAUAUGGUGAAGGACAGCAGCAGCCCAACGUUUGGGGACCAGUUCUCCUGCUCUCUGGAGGAGGAGGAUGUCCCUCACAUCACCAUCAGGUUUGAGGUUAAAGACUUUGAUCAAUUCUCCAGGCAUAGGAUCCUGGGAGAGGUCAGAGUUCAUCUGUGCGAUAUGGAAAUCUCAUACCCUCUUGAAGUCAUCAAGGACCUACAGGCACCACAGAAGGACCUGGUUGGAGAGGUGCUUCUCUUUACCCUCCAGAGGCUAGAGGUUGGUCUGCUGAAAAUCAGGGCACCACCUCAGCCAAGCAAGAUCAGUGUCCUCUGCAACCAGUUCAAGCUGCGGCACCAGAAGUCCACUGUGAAGACCUGGAGGGAUGUGACCGUCUUCAACGAAGUCAUGAUGUUCACAUUGCCAGACCCACAGAUCAGGGAGUGCUGCAUUGUGGUCUCUGUGUACGAGAUCCCUGCAGCCAAGAAGUCAUCCAAACUUCUGGUUGGCCAGGUCACCUUUGGAAAGGGAAAGAGCUCAGAGGAUGAACACUGGAGUUUGAUGAUGCGAUCAAUUCGUCAGCCAAUAGCAAAGUGGCAUCAGCUCUUAAUCUGA